CGUCCUCUCCAACAUCCGCGCAACCUUGCCUUCAUCUUCAUCUCUAACCAUCAUGGAAUCCCGUGUCGCACAGCGCAAAAGCGAGUACAAAAGCAAGGGUGGUUUGAAGCAGGAUGAGCUGAGGCGUCGGCGCGAAGAGCAGCAAGUCGAGAUCAGAAGGCAGAAGCGAGAGGAGAACAUUACUAAGAGACGUAAUUUCCUUCCCGACACCGGUGUUGAUUCCGAUGAGGAGGGUGGUGCGCCCAACUGGGAGAGUCCUCUCGCCGAUGAGAUGAUUGCUGGUGUAUUCUCCGACAGCCUUGAGCGUCAGUUGGAAGCCACCACGAAGUUCCGCAAAUUGCUCUCAAAGGAGAAGAACCCGCCCAUUGAACGAGUCAUCGAGUGCGGCGUGGUACCGCGCUUCGUUGAAUUCCUUCGUGGGGAUAAUGCAAUGCUCCAGUUCGAGGCAGCUUGGGCUCUCACUAAUAUUGCGUCGGGAACCGCAGAGCACACUCAAGUUGUCAUUGGCGCCAAUGCUGUGCCGGAGUUCAUCAGGUUGCUCUCUUCGAAUGUGACCGAUGUCAGGGAGCAGGCCGUGUGGGCACUUGGGAACAUUGCAGGCGACAGUCCGGCUUGCCGAGACUACGUUCUGCAGCAGGGUGCUCUGAGGCCUCUCUUGCAGCUUCUGAGCGAGAACCACAAGCUCAGCAUGCUCAGAAACGCGACCUGGACUCUCAGCAACUUUUGCAGAGGGAAGUCUCCUCAACCAGACUGGGACCUGAUUUCGCCGGCUCUCACUGUCCUCACGAAACUCAUUUACUCCUUGGACGAUGAGAUUCUCAUUGAUGCUUGCUGGGCAAUCUCGUACCUUUCGGAUGGCUCCAACGACAAGAUUCAGGCCGUGAUUGAGUCAGGCGUCUGCAGGCGACUUGUAGACCUCCUCAUGCACCCCUCGACUUCGGUUCAGACUCCUGCUCUUCGAUCUGUCGGCAACAUUGUCACAGGCGAUGACCUUCAGACGCAAGUGGUGAUCACGUCUGGCGCACUCCCUGCUCUUCUGUCGCUGCUUUCCUCUCCUAAGGAGGGUAUCCGCAAGGAGGCAUGCUGGACGAUUUCUAACAUCACCGCUGGCUCACCGCCGCAAAUCCAAUCAGUCAUCGAUGCGAAUAUCAUCCCUCCCCUUAUCAACAUCCUUCAGAAUGCCGACUUCAAGACGAAAAAGGAGGCGUGCUGGGCGAUUUCGAACGCGACUUCCGGUGGUCUCCAGGAACCUUCGCAGAUUCGUUAUCUCGUAUCUCAGGGUUGCAUCAAGCCGCUUUGUGACCUUUUGACGAUGAUGGACAACAAGAUCAUUCAGGUUGCGCUCGAUGGCCUCGACAACAUUCUCAAGGUUGGCGAGAUGGACAAGCAAGCUGCUGGCCCUGGUGCAGUUAACCAAUAUGCACUAUACGUGGAGGAAGCCGGUGGAAUGGUCACAAUCCACAAUCUCCAGCAACAUGACAACCUCGAGAUUUACAAGAAGGCUUUCAACAUCAUGGACAAGUACUUCCCUGACGAUGAGGAAGUUGAUGCUGGAAUCAGUACGGCUAAUGUUGACGCUUCGGGCGCGUUCGCGUUCAACCAAGAAGGUGCUGCGCCACCUCCCGGUGGAUUUACUUUCGGGCAGCAGUAAACUAGUAUGAGGGUUUUCUUGCCGUAGACAUUACCAAAGCUCGUCUGUCAGGAUCGUUAGUUUCCGGUGCAUCGCUGUUCUCUCUCUCCGUUCCAAUUGUCAUUUCCUGUCGUCGCAUCAUUUAACAUACCGCAUGUUGCGUGUAUUAUCAUGUUCAGUGAAGCAUGCUUUGUAUCGUCUCUACCUUGUCGUACGUGUUGACUAUCGAGAAUAACAUACGGCAAGCUCAGAGCCAUCUUUUGUGACGU